GAGAUAGAAGUCUCACUGGUUUUUGAGCAAGCAGUCAAGACUCAAGGAAUAUGAGGAGUUGGGGUCCUGGGGAUCUAAUGAAAAGGAUUUGAUAUGGUUGGAAUUAAUUUAUCUGCGAGAAUGGCAAAUCUUUUUUCUUUUCCCAUUGCGUGGCAAGUGGCCUUGAUUGAAAGCAUUCAGGAUGGACUCGUUGCAACAGAUAGUAUUCUAGUGAUUAACCAGACACGAUGGAAGACUCUUAUAUGGAAAUUACAAUGUAAUCUUGUAUGCUCAUCUCUUUCGGAAAAGUAGACAGUCUUAAAGUGAAAGAAGAAUAGUACAGUAGAAGAAAGGAAGAACAGAAGAGAAAGUAAAAAGAUAUCUCUAAGAU